UCAGGAAGUGUACAUGAGGGCAAGGAACAAAGUUUUGUGUUUGUGCAGGCUGUUUCUCCUGUUCAGGGAAAGUGAAACUCAGACAGUCGUUGCCACUGAGAAGUGAAAUGGCGCAAAAAGGAGUUCAGCUGGACAGGGAAACAUUCUCUUGUUCGAUCUGUCUGGAUCUACUAAAGGAUCCGGUGGCCAUUCCUUGUGGACACAGCUACUGCAUGAACUGUAUUAAAAGUUUCUGGGAUGAAGAGGAUCAGAAGAAAGUCUACAGCUGCCCUCAGUGCAGGCAGAUCUUCACACCAAGGCCUGUGCUGGUAAAAAACACAAUGUUAGCAGUUUUAGUGGAGAAACUGAAGAAGACUGGACUCCAAGUUGCUCCUGCUGAUCACUGCUAUGCUGGACCAGAAGAUAUAGCCUGUGAUAUCUGCACUGGGAGAAAGCUGAAAGCUGUCAAGUCAUGCUUAGCCUGCCUAGCCUCUUACUGUGAGAAACACCUCCAACGUCACUACGAUGCAGCUCCACUAAAGAAACACAAGCUGGUGGAGCCCUCCAAGAAGCUCCAGGAAAACAUCUGCUCUCAUCACGAUGAAGUGAUGAAGAUGUUCUGCCGUACUGAUCAGCAGUGUGUCUGUUAUCUCUGCACUGUGGAUGAACAUAAAGGCCAUGACAUAGUCUCAGCUACAGCAGAAAGGAAUGAGAGGCAGAGAGAGCUCGAGGUGAGUCAGCAGAACAUCCAAUGCAGAAUCCAGGACAAAGAAAAAGAUGUAAAAGUGCUUCAACAGGAGGUGGAGGCCAUCAACCGCUCUGCUGAUAAAACAGUGCAGGACAGUGAGAAGAUCUUCACUGAGCUGAUCCGUCUCUUGGAGAAAAGAAGCUUUGAUGUGAAGCAGCAGAUCAGAUCUCAGCAGAAAAGUGAAGUGAGUCGAGUCAAAGAGCUUCAGGAGAAGCUGGAGCAGGAGAUCACUGAACUGAAGGGGAAAAACGCUGAGCUAGAGCAGCUGUCACACACAGAGGAUCACAAUGAGUUUCUGCGCAAUUAUCCCUCAUUGCUACAGAUCAGUGAAUCUACAGAUACAUCCAGACUCAGUAUCCGUCCUCUGCGGUACUUCGAGGAUGUGACAGCGGCUGUGUCAGAGACCAGAGAUAAACUGCAGGAUGUUCUGAGUGAGAGAUGGGCAAACAUCUCAGGGACAGUGACUGUAGUGGAUGUUUUACUGUCAAACUCACAAGCAGGGCCCAAGACCAGAGCUGAUUUCUUGAAAUAUUCACAAGAAAUUACACUGGAUCCAAACACUGCACACGCAUGUGUGUUAUUAUCUAGGGGAAACAGGAAAGCAAGAGUUAUGAAUAAACAUCAGUCAUAUCCUAGUCACCCAGACAGAUUCACUAAUAGGUGUCAGGUCCUGAACAGAGAGAGUCUGACUGGACGUUGUUACUGGGAGGUGGAGUGGAGCGGGUUUGAGGUUUUUAUAGCUGUUACAUACAAGACUAUUUGCAGAGCUGGGGAAAAAUGUAGAUUUGGAAAUAGUGACGAGUCAUGGGCAUUAUAUUGUUCAAGCGAUCUUUAUGAAUUCCGCCAUGACAAACUCAAAACUCCUGACUCAGUUCCUCAAUCCUCCAGAAUAGGAGUGUACCUGGAUCACAGAGCAGGUAUUCUGUCCUUCUACAGUGUCUCUGAAACCAUGACUCUCCUCCACACAGUCCAGACCACAUUCACUCAGCCUCUCUAUGCUGGACUUGGGCUUUAUCACUGGUUUGGUGGUACAACAGUAGAGUUUUGUCGGCUCAAAUAAACAAUAUGCCUUCAUUUUUUUCCCACAUGUCAAUCAAACAGUGUGGGCAGGAUUGUGUUACCUUCUCUCUCAUUUUCUGUCAAAGGACAUUGCACUUCCUCUUGUUUGCUAUUUAUGCUGUUUAUGUUUUGUAAUUUUGAGGUGAUUAAAAGUUUAAAAGUAAAAAGGAAACAGAAAAAUGUAAGAGGCUGCUUAACUGGAAAAUGGAUACCUUGAAAUAGCAAUAUGAAUAUGGAAAGUAACAUUGAAAAAUGGAACCAUGUAGAGGCUUGACUGAAAAUGCUUCAAAGUAGAAAUGAAUUUUUUAAUAUUUUGGUUUAUGACAAAAUGCCAUGAGCCUCAGCUUUACGUAACACUUAACUAAGAUACUGAAAACUGUUGACAUUAAAACCUACCAAUGACAUACUAGCAUUGUCAUUGUUAGCAUGUUAGCAUGCAAGGAUUUAACUCAAGGCACAACUGCACCCAAGGAAAGCCUCAAAGAGCCACUAGCAUGGCCUCAGACUGUUGGAAUUGUUUACCAUAAAGGUUUCUGUACAGGCAUCAGCAAUGAAUUUAAAUAUUAAAAACAUUUUUUGUGGUGAAUCUGGGUGAGAGGUGCUGAGGAGGAAAAUCUGUGUUUGGGUGCAGGUCUCUGAUAUCCAACUGUGGGGUUUGUUUCUAUUUGUUUCUAUCUAUUAAUGUGGGAUUUAAUGCAUUUACAGAAAGGUACAUUGGACUACAUGUAUACAGUAGGUAGGAGAGGGGGUAAAUAAUUGCAUUUGCUUGUAGUUUCUGUUUUAUUUUUGAUACCAAUAUUAAAACGUGGACAUUUAGUUGUGCUUCAUAAAAAUGUUGUUGUAGUUAUAAAGUGCUUUAAAUGUUUUUAAAUCAGUAGGUCUACCUUUUCAGUAGCCUCACUAUGUUCUAACCACUGUAUAGUUGUAAUCAUUGAUUAUUUUUCUUUGCAGUGCUGAUGAACUUGUUUAACUUACUGAUUGUGUAAAUGAAUAAAA